AUGGAAGCAAAAGUAGCGGGGGCAGCGCCUCCAGAAGCUGCUGACCUUUUACCAAAGGGGCCACAGCCAGCGGCAGAAAAGAAAUUGAACAGUAACAAUGAAAAAGGAUCAAAGAAACGGAGCAAGCACCCGAAAGGCAAACAUGGUGGAUCGGCAAAGAGAAAGUCGAGAAGUCGGUCUAAAAAGAAAACAAAAAGAACUGGAUUUUGUUGCGCCAAAAAGAAGAAGAGCCGUUCCAGAAAACAUAAAAAGAAAGUUAAUAAGAAGCAACCUCAUGCUCACGGAAAACCUCCACCACUGGCGCCAGCACUGGAUGAGAAACUGGGCGACGUCGUGUUAGUGAAAAACAUAACCACUGGAAUGGAUGCAAAACCCGACGCUCCUCAAUUUCCAAGAAGUAUGGAAAAAGUUGAAGACUUGGAUGAUAACAACAAGGAUAAGGAGAAAGAAAAGGAAAAGGAAAAAGACAAAGACAAAGAAAAUAACAAAGACAAAAAAUUCUCUGAAAGGAAAGCUCCUAUCAAAUUGUCCAAGGAAACUGUCAAAGCUUCAAAAGAAGUUAUCAAAGUGCCGAAAGAUGAUGAUAAUACUGGUAAAAUGGUUAAGAAAACCACUGGUCAGUCUGCCGAUUUAAUUCCAAACUUUUCCAAAGAAAGAAUGAAAGAAAAAGAAAAAGAUAAGAGUGAUGCAGAAAAACGAUCUCCAGAUCGAAAAGACGAAAAACCAGCUAAAAUUACUACUGAAUCGACAAACGAAGAGUUCAAGGAUUCUAACGCAAGGUCAUCGAAGGCAGAUGAAGAAAAGAAGGAAAAAUGGAUGAAAUUAGCUAAAAAGAUUGCAGAUGAGGGGGCUUCAACACCUGAAAAAGAAUUCAGCACGAUGGGAGAUUAUAUUCCGGCAUAUGUAUCAAAGGAAGCUUUCAGUGAAAAUAUGGAGAAGAACAGAUUUUCAGAUGUGGUUUGCCUAGACCAUUCUCGAGUUACACUUGCCGACGGAACCUAUAUUCAUGCAAGUUGGCUCGAAAUCGAAGACAACCACAACAUGAUUCUCACUCAAUUUCCAUUACCUCAUACCGCAGUUGACUUUUGGCAAAUGAUAAUUGAACAACGUGUAAAAGCGAUUUGCCUUAUAAUGACUGAUGAUGAAUAUAGCACUCUCGGUGGAGAUUUUGUUUUUCCACAGAAUAGAGAUUUCCUUCAUUUUUCUGAAAAAUCUAUUAGAGUUGGUGAAUUCAAUGAAAUUGAAGUCAACAAAGGCUGGACAUUACGGGUGCUAAGCAUCUCUAAUGGUGCUUACAAAUCAUUUUUGCACCUUCAUCAAUUCAAAUGUUGGCCACACAAUGAAAUUCCGAAAUCGACGAAAUCGGUAUGGCAACUACAAUCCGCCCUUCGAAAAUAUCCAAAGCCUAUUGUAAUUAUGAGUCUAUCCGGAUGUGGAAGAGCUGGAACAUUGGCCACUCUCGAGUAUGCGCAUGCUUCCCUACAUAGCAGAGCAUCCCAUUUCAGCUUAGAAGAUUGCCUAAAGAAGGUGCGCACAUGUCGAUUACAUUCCGUACAGAAUGUAACACAAUACUCGUUUAUCUACUCUCUACUGGCUGAGCAUGUUUUGGGAAAUGUUUAA